AGAAAAUAUUUUCUUCCUUACAAAGGAUGGUGGUGAGUAUAUAUUUUUGAGUCAUGAAUCUUAGUGAUACUUGAUUGGCAGUAAUGUGCAUCCUUAAAAGUGUUUUAUGGAAAAAUUUUCUAUUCAGUGUUGAUAUACUUUUAUGUGAUGAUAUUUUCUAUUGGCAUUUUGCUUACAUGUUUUGCAAAGCCCUUUUUAUUUUCUACAUUCUGGGAUUCUGGUUUAAUCAAGAUGUCAUUUCUACUACCCGAAUCCUUUCUUACAAUAUGCCCCAUCUUUUAGUUUGGUGCUCUUCAUUGUUCAUUUUAGUUGUCCUUUGCUUCUAAUCUAGUUAUGCGCAGUUUGUUUUGUUCUUAACGUUAACAACAUUGGGACAAUUUAAUCAAUCUUUAUGGAGUUAAUUUAACUGAAGCUCGAAUACACCUUCCACUUGAGGUUGUUUUGAAAAACCAAUAACUAAUGUUCAUGUAAUUAGAUACUUGCUUUGUUGCCUAAGGAUAGAAAGGAGGAAGAUGGAGUUGUAGCAAGUUGGGUUGUGGUGUAGAUUUGUAAGUGUAGUGGGGAGUGAUAGAGGAAGUGCUUGUGUGUUACAUGGAAGGAUAUGAUCAAAAGUCUAUAUUUGUAGCGAACUUCUACUUCUACUACUCUCGUGUUCCCCUAUCCUAAUCCGCGAAUAGACCACAGAUAAUCACAGCAUGGGAAAUGUUUGUAUCUCUUCGCAAUCCAAAUCUCAAUCAUAAUAUUGAGAAAAUUGCAUGCUUAUUUUUUAUGUUACCCUUUUAGGAGUGCUGUCUCUAUUUCCAUGAACGUACUCGAAUUGCUCAUUUGCUCUCCAGGUUUAGAUGAAGGAGUCAGCCCGUCAGUUCAUCCUAUAUUUUUGUGAUAUCUUCAUUUUCAUUGGACCAGUUGAGGCGAUCAACAUGGAAAACUAGUUAUACAAGGAGGUUUUAGAUUACCAACAUAUCAUGUCUGUUCGUGUAAGACAAUCAUAUUCUUAUAUUGUUGAAAGAAUUUGGAAGUCGAUGCAAGGAUUUCAAUCUGAUGGGGAGGCACAUUGGAAGGGAGCAAGCUACUAUGCAACAACAGAAAUGCAUAGUCAUACACCUAACCCUCUUGGGAACGUUGAACAUGACCGAGAUACUUAGCUACCGUAAAGCUUAAUUGUUGAACUGAAGACCAUUCCAACCCUUCCAAGGCUACCAAAAGAUUUAGAGAGUCUGAAACUCAAUAAGAGUCUGAGAACAAGUUUGGGAAACAUCGCAAAUGAAACAUUAGUUUGUCAGUCCCUCCCAUAUUUAUGUAGUCCUCUUAGAAAUGGUGCAAGUAGUUCAUCUCUUAAAAAGGGCCAGGAAACUUGUGGCAUUCUACAAUUAAGGCCUCAACUCGACCCCAACUUUGGCUCUGCUAUGGUUGCAUUUUCCACAAGGAGAAGUUGCUCACCGUUUCCAGUAGCUCAAUUUGCAAGUGAAACUUCAUCUGCGAAUAGUUAUUCAAGCUUGAAGCUACAUUUCAGAAUCCUCUGAAUUGGGCAAGAACUCAUGAUUUUGUUAGAAGAGGCAGCCGUUCAACACAUUUGGUUAGAGACUGAAAAUUAUAAUUGUCACAGCUGUUCAGCACGUUUGGUUAGUGAAAUCCAUAGGAGAGCUGCCAUGAACCUGGGCGAUGACUCAAUUAUUGUAUUGGAUUGUUCGCCAGUGAAUGUAGUCCUCCACAGGUGAGUGGAAUGGACCUAAAUAUACCUACUCUUCAAGCACUUGACUGUUCCGGGAAAGAAGUUGGACAUAAAAGCCUUAAUACCAAAUUGCCUGACUUAAACUUGGAGCUUCCAGCUCUAACUGAUAAGUUGGAACCAACUUCUUCCACAACUCAAAGUUUGGAUUUGAGAUUGUUCCUUGGCAAUAAUGAGCAGCCAAGUCCAUUGAAAGCUGACUUUUGCCUCUCGACGCUGCUCGAAGACAAGGCUGGUAGCAGGUGGGUCAAGCGCCUGAAAUUGAGUGCUUCUACACUGUUUUCUCUUGGAACAAAGAGCUCUAACGUUUCAGGGAAGUUAUCUCAUGAGAAAACAAACAAGUGCCGUAGCAAAAUUUCUAGAGUUACCAUUACAGGCUCAGAGUUCGUAGCUGGUAAACUUCGUGGUGAAGAAUUGAUGGCUCAUGAUAGAGCUCUAGUCUUAGCAAAGAAUUCUGACUCUUCACUUAUGGACGUUAUGAAGAAACAACACGAGUUAUUGACUUCACUGUCUUGGGUUCAAAGGUGGCUUCACAAUAGAUCAUCCACUGCACAAAAGAGGCCUAAAUCGGUGGUGGUUUGUGAACCUUAUGGCUCAAAGUUAUCACUUGGUGAUUUCCAAAAGCAGCAGACGCCAAGCAUUGCUGCCAUGGCGCUCAUGGGAAAGGCAAUAACCGGUUUUCAACCAUGUGAAUUCCAAAAAAGAGGCCCCUGUGUAGUUUGGAACACAGUAGUUUCUGAAACACAUAGAAGCAACAGUUACUGUGCUUCAGUUUAAUCCUCCAGACAUUGCCGAUCACCUCAUUGGUCAGUGUAUGCAUGAUGAGGAGAAAAGUGCUCUGUAUUAAUAAAUGAUCAUGCAAUCAAAUGCAUUUUGGAGCAUAGUGUCGAUUUGAUGGUGCUAGUAAGUACAUAGCUUGUUUUAGAUUUGGCUUCUUGUGUUUUCUUAGAUGGGGUUAUCUUUGACCAGUAUGAUGAGAAUGCAAGACACCUUGUUCCUUGAACAGGCCAAUCAUCCGGCUGCUUUCAUCAGUGUGUGCGAGGGAUCUAGAUGCUACAGUACGUGCUAAAGCAGUUUGGCAUUUGCUAUUUGGCUAGUAGGCAAUGAGAUUACUGUACAAUGUUCAUCGUAGUGGCUAAGAUUUAGUUCAUUGGACAGUUGAACCAUGCCAGCUUUACUUUAUUGAAGAACACUGAGUGACUUCCUGCUUCUCUCUUCAGCUUGUAGAAAGGUUUUCCUAGAUUGAAAAUUAACCAAUAAUGAGCAAAAUCUGUUUUAUUA